AUGGCUGCUAGCCUGAGGAGGCCCUCUUUCACCACCUGUUCUUCCCCUACCGACACGGACGACGAGGGCGUGCGCGGCACUUGCGAAGAUGCUUCUAUAUGCAAGAGGUUUGCAGUGAGCAUUGGCUACUGGCAGGACCCUUACAUCCAGCAUUUGGUGAGACUUUCUAAAGAGAGGAAGGCGCCUGAAAUUAACAGAGGAUACUUUGCUCGAGUCCAUGGCGUCAGUCAGCUUACAAAGGCAUUUCUACGGAAGACGGAAUGUAAUUGUCAAAUUCUAAAUCUUGGGGCCGGGAUGGAUACCACCUUCUGGAUGUUAAAGGAUGAAGAUCUUCUACCAAGGAAAUAUUUUGAAGUUGACUUUCCGAUGAUAGUCACGAGGAAGCUGCAUAGCAUCAAACUGAAACCUCUCCUAUCAAAACCCAUUUUAGACUUGCAUUCAGAGGACACACUUCAAAUGGAUGGGCACAUGUUGGAUUCAACAAGAUAUGCCAUCAUUGGAGCAGAUCUCCGAGAUAUACCUGACCUGGAAGAGAAGCUAAAGAAAUGUAACAUGAGUACACAAUUGCCGACCCUCCUGAUAGCCGAAUGUGUGCUGGUGUACAUGACUCCGGAGCAGUCUGCAAACCUCCUCAAGUGGGCCGCCAACAGUUUUGAGACUGCCAUGUUCAUAAACUACGAACAGGUGAACAUGGAUGACCGGUUUGGGCAGAUCAUGAUCGAGAACCUGCGUAGACGACAGUGUGACCUGGCUGGAGUGGAGACUUGCAAGUCAUUGGAGUCGCAGAGAGAACGGCUCCUGACCAGCGGGUGGGAGUCCGUGUCAGCCAUUGACAUGAUGGAAUUGUACAGCAAGCUGCCUCGUGCCGAAGUGAUCAGAAUAGAGUCCCUUGAAUUCCUGGAUGAAAUGGAGCUUCUUGAACAGCUCAUGCAGCAUUACUGCCUUUGCUGGGCCACCAAAGGAGGAAGCGAGCUAGGUUUGAAGGAAAUAACUUAUUGA